UGAAGAAGCAAAUGCUGCUGAAGGAAGUCAACCUAAAAGGCCAUGCCACUUAAACUAUGAGGCAAAAGCGUUGAUUGAAAACAUUCUAACAACAAAGCCUGGUGGUGAACACAUCAUGCAAGAGUAUGCAAAAACCAAAUCUCUGAAAGAUGCCACCAGAAGACAGAUGAUAAACAUACUUGCUGCUGAGAUGACACAAACACAUGGGACAUCCCCCCCUAAAAGUGUAAGAGUGAAGUAUGCACAGGGGAUAGUUGCUUUAUUUCCAUAUUUGGAAGACCCAUAUUCACAAAAUGGAUAUGAACAUUUCUACGAUCCAGAGAGUGGUUCAGGAUACCUUGCAUGGCGACUGAAGACCAUUCAAAGAAAAACUGCUGAAGAAAGAGCUGCCUCAGUUAGCAAAUCUCCCAAAACUGGUGGGCCAGGCCAUGCUCAACCUAGAUUCUUCACCUCAGACAAAGUGUUAUCUAAUGAGGACGUGGAAGCAGCUAUUGCUGUUUUAAAGCAUGCUGCUGAUGAAAACACUGUCCGUGAGAAAAUGAAGGCUACCUUCAGUUAUCGGCAUUCACUGGUCAAUGAUGAAAAGAACGCAGCAGAUGUUUUCUCAGUCUUUCCUCGGUUUCUGGACACACCAGGACUGAUAGAGCAAGAUUUCAGGCUCCUGUUUGGUGAGGACACUGCCAUCAAAUUCUUGGAAAGGUGGCCUACCAAUUUCAAAGCAAAGGUUAUAAAGGAAAGCCGUGGACUGGUGCCCACCACAGAGCUUUUGGAAUUACUGCGCAAUGCUGAGUCAGCUGCUGGAGUUGAGAAUGGCUGGGACAGUGACAUGUGUGCUAUCUUUCUGCAUCUACAUCUGCUACCACCAUCUGCACAAGGACGGAAGAGGCCAGGAAAGAUGUCUGCAUCACAAGCUGUGGAUCACCUCAUCAGAUUCAUCAAAGCUGGAACCAGUGUACAGCAGCAUCUUGAUGAUAUCACCCAAAUCAGUCAGCCCUACCUUCUUGCUCAGGGACCCACAAGAAGCAGGAUUCACACCUUCUUCAUUGUGAUUGACAAGCAUGCACUUCCAUGUAAGGCAACAGGUUCAGUGGGAGCCCUUGACGAACUCUUUAAGGCCCAUUAUGUCUUUGGUACGUCCUACAGUUCUUCCCUGACAAAUUUUUUCACUUUUCUGCAAACAACCAUUUACAACAUUGACAUUGGAGAAACAAAGGAAACUCCUAGAGUUGCAGAGCUGCGAGCAAGAAUGGUGCAUGAGAUCACACAAUGAAGUGUUUUCUUUGCAAAAGUGAACAUGGUAGACCAAACAGCCUUAUAAAGCAUCUUAAAAUUAUCCAUGGUCUCUGCACUGGCAGGACUCAUAAUGUUAAAUGUGGGCAGGCAGGAUGCUCACGUUCUUUUGGUAGUUUUUCUGGCUUUAGGAAGCAUCUAAACAAAUGUCAUGUAAGCGGUUCAUUUGAGUCCAUAGAAGAAGGUGAUUUUUCACCUCAUCAAGGUGUUGACACAAGUAUUGCCACUGAUGUUGAUGGGUCAUCUGAACAUUUAGAGGCAGAGUCAGAAUUUUCUUCAGCAAACCUUGUAAAUAGUUGUGCAGCUGUAAUUUCUGACUUAAAGGCAGCAGGUGUAGGCCAAAGUGUUGUGAAUUCUGUUGUGAUUUCCA